UGCGCUCCGGGGGCGGCCCCGGCGGGAGGGAGGCGGCGCGGCGGCGCGGCGGCGGCGCAGUCUGCACCAUGGCGUACCCGGGGCACCCUGGCGCCGGCGGCGGGUACUACCCGGGCGGGUAUGGAGGGGCCCCCGGAGGACCUGCGUUUCCCGGACAAACUCAGGAUCCGCUCUAUGGUUACUUUGCUGCUGUAGCUGGACAGGAUGGGCAAAUAGAUGCUGAUGAAUUGCAGAGAUGCCUGACACAGUCAGGCAUUGCUGGAGGAUACAAACCUUUUAACCUGGAGACUUGUCGGCUUAUGGUUUCAAUGCUGGAUAGAGAUAUGUCAGGCACAAUGGGUUUCAAUGAAUUUAAAGAACUCUGGGCUGUGCUGAAUGGCUGGAGACAACACUUCAUCAGUUUUGACAGUGAUCGGAGUGGAACAGUGGAUCCUCAAGAACUGCAGAAGGCCCUGACCACAAUGGGUUUUCGUUUGAGUCCCCAGGCUGUGAAUUCAAUUGCAAAACGAUACAGCACCAAUGGCAAGAUCACCUUUGAUGACUACAUCGCCUGCUGUGUCAAACUGCGAGCCCUGACAGACAGCUUUCGAAGACGGGAUACUGCUCAGCAAGGUGUUGUGAAUUUCCCAUAUGAUGAUUUCAUCCAGUGUGUCAUGAGCGUUUAAACCAAGAAGCCGUAUGAACACAACCAACAGCAUUCCGAUUGGAGUUCUCUCUUGCUCUUACUCUUUGCCUUCAGCCACUGUGUGUAAACUUGCAGCGCUGCUUUUCCUUAUUAGCUGUCAUAAAGAUUUAUUACUUUAUGUACAAAGUUUUUAGCGUUGAUAAUAAAUUCGUUGGAAUUUUA